CUCUGGACCGUGGCAGAUCCGAAAACGCAUUGGACAUUCGUUACCACCGGACCAGCUCCAUGUCCACCCAAUUCAGCAACUUACGGGGCUCGGGACAGAUCGCAAAGCUGCAUGUAUGCUCCGAUUGACCAUGGCACGAGGCACACGCGCAGCUGCAAGCAUGACACCGAGGAGGGAACUGCCCAGGCGCGCCGCACGAUUAAAAUCUGAGCAGUCACAGUCAUCGCAGGUCAAGACAGAGCCGCAAUCACCGCCCCGAGCCACCCCGAGGAAGCGAGCAGCACCAAAAGUCGAGGGUACCAGUGAGACUCCGAAGAGGGUCAAGACAGAAGAUGAGAAAACAGCACCUAAGCCAAGCCCAAGCAAGAAGGGCAACCCGUCAGACCUGCGUGAAAAGAAACUCAAAGCCUACUCCCAAUACGCCAACAGCUCCCCGUUCCCGGACUUUGCCCACCCAACACCAGAGGAAUGCAAGCUGGCCCAUAGGAUACUAGCGUCCCUCCACGGGGAGCGAAACAGGCCAGAGAAGCUCGUCGCCCCGAGCUCCCGGGCCGGGUGCGGCGACUCACCCUCGGUGCUGGACGCCCUGGUGCGGACGAUCCUGUCACAGAACACGUCCGACACCAACAGCACCCGCGCCAAGCAGAGCAUGGACAAGGCGUACGGCAGCAGCGACAAGUGGGAGGCCAUCGCGGAGGGGGGCCAGGCGAAGCUGCAGGAGGCCAUCAAGUGCGGCGGGCUGAGCGUCGUCAAGAGCAAGGUCAUCCUCAGCAUCCUCGAGCAGGUCCACGAGCGCUACGGCAAGUACUCCCUGGACCACCUGCACGACGCGUCAAGCGAGGACGCGAUGACCGAGAUGCUGAGCUUCAACGGCGUGGGUCCCAAGACCGCCAGCUGCGUGCUGCUGUUCUGCCUGCAGCGGGAGAGCUUCGCCGUCGACACGCACGUGCACCGCAUCACGGGCCUGCUGGGGUGGCGGCCGGCCAGGGCGAGCAGGGACGAGACUCACCAGCACUUGGAUGCUCGGAUUCCGGACGAGGACAAGUAUGGGCUGCAUAUCCUCAUCGUGUCCCAUGGGAAGAAGUGUGAAGAGUGCAGGGCUGGUGGGAAGAACACGGGGAAGUGUGAACUGAGGAAGGCUUUCCGAAAGGGGAAGCUUGCUGGCGAGGCUGGGGAGGUGGUCAAAGAGGAAGAACAAGAGGAGGUGAAGAUCAAGGAUGAGGAGUGAUAAACUUGUAUGAAAUAGGCCGGAAGCAUAUAGCUGUGGCUGCGUGGGAAAAGCAAUUUGUGACAAACUAUCUAUGAUGUUUGGCUCAAAUUAGAACGCAUGCCAGUCACCUCACCUAUUUCGAAGGUCUGACUGGCUUGACUUUAACGUGCACUUGAUCGAGUGAAGCCCCGAUUAGUUUGACGGCUACCCACAUCAAGAAAACGGAUGUGCUAGCCGCUCCUAUAGGUCGUAUCGAAUGACAAGAAGGCAUCAUAAACUGA